UCUCAGGACUGGAAUUUGACAUGGCACACAGAAAAUCCAGAUUUUACCCACUGCUUUCAAAACACCGUUCUCAUCUGGGUUCCUUGCAUUUACCUCUGGGUUUGCUUCCCAAUCUACUUCCUAUAUCUCAGUCAUCAUGACAGGGGUUAUAUCCAAAUGUCCUGUCUCAACAAAGCCAAAACAGCCUUGGGUCUAAUAUUAUGGAUAGUCUGCUGGGCAGACCUUUUCUACUCUUUCUGGGAAAGAAGUCAAAAUAUUUCUCUUGCUCCAGUUUUCUUUGUUAGCCCUACAGUUUUAGGCAUAACAAUGUUGCUCGUCACAUUUUUAAUACAAUACGAAAGAAUGAAAGGAGUCCAGUCUUCAGGUUUCUUGUUGAUUUUCUGGCUCAUUGCACUGUUGUGUGCCACAGUAAUUUUUAGGUCUAAAAUAUUACAUGCCUUAAAUAUGGGUGCUGAAGUUGAUAUAUUUCGUUACGUCACCUUCUGCAGUUACUUCAUCCUGGUGCUAAUACAGCUAAUACUGUCCUGCUUUCCAGAAAAACCUCCUUUGUUUUCUGAAACAGUUCGUGAUCCUAAUCCCUGCCCAGAAUCGAAUGCUUCUUUCCUCUCUAAAAUCACAUUCUGGUGGAUCACAGGGUUGAUGAUUCAGGGAUAUCGGCAACCACUGGAAGCUAAAGAUUUAUGGUCAUUAAACAAAGAGGACACAUCUGAGGAGAUAGUGCCAGGUUUGGCUGGGAACUGGGCAAAAGAAUGUUCAAAGACAAAGAGGCAGCCAGUGAAACUUGUGUAUUCACCCAAAAAACCAUCAAAAUCAAAUGGCUCAAAUCAUGAUGUGACUGAAGAGGCUGAAGCUUUGAUUAUCAAAACUGCUCAAAAGAAAUCUGAGGCCUCUCUGUUUAAGGUGUUAUAUAAAACUUUUGGACCAUAUUUCCUCAUGAGCUUCCUGUUUAAAGCUUUGCAUGAUCUUCUGAUGUUUUCAGGUCCGGAAAUCCUAAAAUUGCUGAUUAACUUUGUGAAUGAUAAAGAUGCUCCAGAUUGGCAAGGUUAUUUGUACACAGGGAUCCUAUUUAUAUGUACCUGUCUCCAGACUCUAAUCCUCCACCAGUAUUUCCAUAUAUGCUUUGUUACUGGAAUGAGGCUCAAAACAGCAGUCAUUGGUGUUAUCUAUCGAAAGGCAUUGGUUAUCACGAAUUCUGCCAGGAAGACCUCCACUGUUGGAGAGAUUGUAAAUCUAAUGUCUGUGGAUGCUCAGAGGUUCAUGGAUCUGGCCACUUACAUAAACAUGAUUUGGUCUGCACCUCUGCAAGUUACCUUAGCACUGUAUUUAUUGUGGCAGAAUUUAGGUCCUUCUGUAUUAGCAGGUGUGGCAGUCAUGGUCCUUUUGGUGCCAUUAAAUGCCGUGAUGGCAAUGAAGACAAAAACGUAUCAGGUAGCCCAAAUGAAAAACAAGGAUAACCGAAUUAAACUGAUGAAUGAAAUUCUCAAUGGGAUCAAGGUGCUGAAACUUUAUGCCUGGGAAUUAGCCUUCAAAGAGAAAGUACUGGGGAUCAGACAGGAAGAACUGAAAGUACUUAAAAAGUCUGCUUACCUAGGAGCAGUGGGUACAUUCACUUGGGUGUGCGCUCCUUUUCUGGUUGCUUUAUGCACGUUUGCUGUGUAUGUAAUGAUAGAUGAGAACAAUGUUUUGGAUGCUCAGAAGGCUUUUGUUUCCUUAGCGUUAUUCAACAUCCUCCGGUUCCCACUGAAUAUUCUUCCAAUGGUCAUCAGCAGUGUAGUGCAGGCCAGCGUUUCCUUAAAGCGCCUGCGGGUAUUUCUUUCCCAUGAAGAGUUGGAUCCAGACAGCAUAGUCAGAGGUUCCCUCAAAGAUGCUGAUGGAAACAUAAUUGUAAAGAAUGCAUCAUUUAGUUGGUCCAGAAAUGAUCCUCCAUCAUUGAACAGCAUUGAUUUCACCAUACCCGAUGGCUCCCUGGUUGCUGUUGUUGGUCAGGUUGGCUGUGGAAAAUCUUCUUUGCUAUCUGCACUGCUAGGAGAGAUGGAAAAAAUAGAAGGUUAUGUAGCUGUCAAGGGCUCAAUAGCCUAUGUUCCUCAACAAGCCUGGAUACAGAAUGCAACUCUGAAGGGCAACAUUAUCUUUGGCAGGGAGAUGAAGGAAAGCCACUAUAAACGUGUGGUUGAGGCUUGUGCACUUCUCCCUGACAUAGAGAUCCUUCCUACAGGAGACAGAACAGAAAUAGGAGAAAAGGGGGUGAAUCUAUCUGGAGGACAGAAGCAGAGAAUCAGCCUUGCUCGGGCUGUUUACUGUAAUGCAGAUGUAUAUUUAUUUGAUGAUCCUUUGUCUGCUGUUGAUGCCCAUGUUGGCAAACACAUUUUUGAAAACGUUAUUGGACCAAAGGGAAUCCUGAAAAACAAAACUCGGGUAUUAGUAACCCAUGGGGUCAAUUAUCUGCCCCAGAUGGAUACAAUUAUAGUGAUGGUUGAUGGUGAAAUAUCUGAAAUGGGCUCUUACCAGGAGCUGCUGAAGCAGGAUGGGGCCUUUGCGGAGUUUCUUCGCACAUAUGCUAAUGCCGAACAGAAUGUGGAGAAUGCAGAUGCAAGGAGUCCAACUGUGAAGGAAGGAAAGCGAAUGGAAAAUGGAGUUCUUGUAAAUGAAGCCUCAGGAAAACAGAUCAAUAGACAACUCAGUAACUCAUCUACGUACAGUGGAGAAACAGGGAAAUCUUUGCAGCAGAAUAGUACAACAGAGCUCCAGAAGGCAGCAGAAGACAAAAAUGCUUGGAAACUAACAGAGGCUGAUGCAGUAAAAACUGGAAGGGUAAAGGCAGCAGUGUACUGGGAAUACAUGAAGGCAAUUGGACUUUUAAUCUCUUUCCUGAGCAUCUUUCUUUUUAUAUGUAACCAUAUAGCCUCCCUGGCCUCCAACUACUGGCUAAGUUUAUGGACUGAUGAUCCUGUUAUCAAUGGAACUCAGCAGCACACACACCUCAGGCUGGGAGUGUAUGGAGCACUGGGAAUUUCUCAAGGUAUUGCUGUGUUUGGCUACUCAAUGGCCGUGUCCAUUGGGGGGAUAUUUGCUUCACGAUACCUGCACCUUGGCCUACUUCACAAUGUGCUUAGAUCUCCAAUGAGUUUCUUUGAACGAACGCCUAGUGGGAAUUUAGUGAACCGGUUUUCUAAGGAGAUGGAUACUAUUGACUCUAUGAUACCUCAGAUUAUCAAAAUGUUCAUGGGCUCCCUGUUUAAUGUCAUUGGGGCCUGCAUCAUCAUCCUGCUGGCCACACCAUUAGCCGCUGUUGUAAUUCCACCCCUGGGGUUCAUCUACUUUUUUGUGCAGAGAUUUUAUGUGGCCACCUCUCGCCAGUUGAAACGGUUGGAAUCUGUCAGUCGCUCUCCAGUCUAUUCUCACUUCAACGAGACCCUUUUGGGGGUCAGCGUUAUUCGAGCCUUUGAAGAACAGCAGCGUUUCAUACGGCAGAAUGACACAAAAGUGGAUGAGAAUCAGAAAGCUUACUUCCCCAGCAUUGUUGCAAACAGAUGGCUGGCUGUCCGGCUGGAGUGCGUGGGGAAUUGUAUCGUUCUCUUUGCGGCACUGUUUGCAGUGAUUGCUCGCAAAAGCCCGGGACUGGUUGGUCUCUCUGUGUCCUAUUCCCUGCAGAUUACAACAUACCUAAACUGGCUGGUCCGCAUGUCUUCUGAGCUGGAAACAAACAUUGUUGCUGUGGAAAGAAUCCAAGAGUAUUCUGAAAUGGAGACAGAGGCUGAAUGGAGCAUUGAGCACACUGCUCCUCCAAGCACCUGGCCUCACGAAGGGAAAGUGGAAUUCAGAGGCUAUGGUUUACGUUACCGGAAGGACUUGGACUUAGUUCUGAAAAAUAUAAAUGUUACCAUAAAUGGAGGUGAGAAGGUAGGAAUAGUUGGAAGAACAGGAGCUGGGAAAUCCUCUCUCACUUUAGGCUUAUUUCGAAUCAAUGAAUCAGAUGAAGGACAAAUCAUUAUUGAUGGAGUUGACAUUGCAAAAAUAGGGCUCCACAAUUUGCGGUUCAAGAUCACUAUUAUUCCUCAGGAUCCUGUCUUGUUUUCUGGUUCUUUGCGUAUGAAUCUUGAUCCUUUUGACCAAUACUCUGAUGAAGAAGUUUGGACAUCUUUAGAACUGGCUCACUUGAAAAAUUUUGUAUCAUCUCUUCCUGAUAAACUUAAUCACGAGUGCUCUGAAGGUGGAGAAAAUCUAAGUGUUGGACAGCGUCAGUUGGUGUGCCUUGCUCGAGCUCUGCUUAGAAAGUCCAAAAUUCUGGUUCUAGAUGAAGCCACGGCAGCGGUUGAUCUUGAAACUGAUGAUCUUAUACAGUCAACAAUAAGGACUCAAUUUGAAGGAUGCACUGUUUUGACUAUAGCACAUCGUUUAAACACUAUUAUGGACUAUACAAGAGUUAUAGUCCUUGAUAAAGGUGAAGUUGUGGAGUGUGAUUCACCAGCCAAUCUACUGCAGAAGAAAGGCAUUUUCUAUAGUAUGGCCAAAGAUUCUGGUUUGGUGUGAUAAAGAGCUUGUCUGGUAUGGGGAAGGGCAGUGGAGACUGACAUCUUGAACUGUAACUUGCAUUAUACAGUUACUCAAACCAAAACCCAGACCCAGAAAACUCAGUGACCAUGAAGAUGGAAGUAACGUUAAAAAUGCAAUGUGUUCUUUUUUUUCCCUUCAGAUUUGAUUUUGCAAAUAUACUCCAGUAAAAGGCUACAGUACUGAGCUAUAGACCAAACUUCAUAGACUUUUUUUAUCUUUUGCCUCAAAUUGUCAAACGGCAGUGAAAAAUAUAUUUACAUGACUCCCAUAGAAGCAGGGGAAUUCCUUCUUUUUUUUUUUUUGACUUGUGCUCUUAUAUUCUGCAGCCCUUUUGUUUAAAGGCCUAGCUGCUUGCUCAGUUGAUUACUUACCAGUUUUAAGAACCAUUUGUUGCAGGAUGCACCCGGGAUGU